GUUUCUCUCUCUCUCUCUCUCUCUCAAAUAAAAAAUUUAAAAGCUGUGUUUUGAGAAGUUAUGAGACAGGCCUAUUUGUAUGUUUCAGGCAAAAUGGUCUGAGAGAGAGGCUAGAGCCCUGAGACAGGGAGAACUAGGUGACAUGCAGGAAAAGUGGACGGACAGUUGGAUAUAAACAACCCAGGUAGAGUUCGUUCAUCUAGAAAAAUUUUUUUUGAGCCCAUACUAUGUUCCAGCCUUGGUAGAACACAUCAUAAGCCUUCCAUAGUUCUAGAAAUACUUGAGAAGAACUUGGUAAAAGACAGACUUCCUGCAGCUCAAUUAUAAAAGAAGCUUGAGAGUUGGACUCGGGCAGCACCUUCACUACCGCGUCCAGCCUGCUGGGUCUCUGACCCUCUCGCUUUCCUCAUUGCCCCGGAUAGAACUCUCCAGAACUCUCCGAUGUCCUCGGUGUGGCCGCGGGAAACAACCUGUACUCCUAUGAUGAACCUGCACAGUGGUGAAUCACUUUCCCCCUGUUGUCCACAUCUGAGUGAAUCUUCCCAGAGUCUGAGAGAUAAUGAUGAUGCUUGAAAAGGGUUCUAAAGUCAAAGAUCUUGAGAUUCAUAACGGCAGGAAAAUCAUCACUUUUUCAAAUAAUUCUCCUUGGAGAUGUGGAGUUGGGAAGAGUUCUCUAAUGAACAGAUAUGUGACUAAUAAGUUUGAUACCCAGCUCUUCCAUACAAUAGGUGUGAAAUUUUUAAGUAAAGAUUUGGAGGUAGAUGGACAGUUUGUUACCAUGCAGAUUUGGGACACAGCCGGUCAAGAGAGAUUCGGAAGCCUGAGGACGCCCUUUUACAGAGGUUCUGACUGUUGCCUGCUCACUUUUAGUGUCGAUGAUUCUCAAAGUUUCCAGAACUUGAGUAACUGGAAGAAAGAAUUCAUAUAUUAUGCAGAUGUAAAAGAGCCCGAAAGCUUUCCUUUUGUCAUUUUGGGUAACAAGAUUGACAUAAGUGAACAGCAGGUGUCUGCAGAAGAAACCCAAGCCUGGUGCAGGGACAACGGCAACUACCCUAACUCUGAAAAAUGUGCAAAAGAUGCCACGAACAUCACAGCAGCAUUUGAGGAAGCAGUUCAAAGAGUGCUUGCUACUGAGGAUAGGUGAGAUCACUUGAUUCAGACAGACACCGUCAAGUCUGCACUGAAAGCCCAAGCCUAGCUCCUCUUGCUGUUGAUUGCUAGAGAGGUUGCCCGAGCUGCCUGAACAACUCACACUUACGAAAAAAACACAGGGGAGAGAGGAGAAUUAGCGUUUGCAGCAAUAGAUGUUCUACUCAUAAAAGUAAACUAACCAUAUUGCUGCUUCAUAAGUGGGAGGGAGAAGGGACACAUUCACUCACAGAAGAAUCUAUUUACUCAAUAAUGGCACCUUACAUUUAAAAAUUGUUAACGGGUAUCUAAUAUUUAAUUUAAAUAUGUAAGUUACAGAGAUAAUGAGAUGACCAAGACUUUAAUUAUGAUUAAAACAAAACACUUGAGUAUUCUAGAAAUUAUUGUUCUUUUCCUGGGAAAAUGCAGGACUACUUUUUAUAUGUGUGUAUUUUAAUGUAAUUAGUAUUCUAUUCCUGUUUCAAGGGGAAAUUUUCCUAAAACAAAAAUGUUAGAUAUUAAAGAUUAAAAUCAAAUGCAAAAGAAAGAAGAAACCUGAGU